GCCCCUUUGUGACGUCACAAUCAGCUGUUUGAACGUUCCAAUUUGUGCCGUGAGCCCCGCCGCAGCUGCCGCACAGACUCAAAGCCCCGCGGGCGAGCGCAGUGACUCCGAGCGUCCGACCUCUAGCCCUGCCGCCUCCCCCGCUGGGUCCCCGCGAUGCGGCCAGGCCUGUGAGCAGCCCGCGACCCUGGAACGCUCCGCCGCACAACUACCUCAGCGUGCUGCAGCCCGCCGCACCGUCCCCACCCUUGCCCCCAGGUUUUUUCAUUGCCAUAGGGCGCCCCCGUGAGGCUGCGUCAGCCCUUCACCAUGUUCCAGCGCUUCGCCAGCCUGUUCUUCAGCACCCCUCCGCCUCCUGAAGACCCCGACUGCCCCCGCGCCUUCGUCUCCGAGGAAGAUGAAGUGGACGGCUGGCUCAUCAUUGACCUGCCGGACAGCUACGCGGCUCCACUCAGCCCCGGGGCCGCCCCUGCCCCAGCAGGCCGCCCUCCGCCCGCGCCCUCCUUGAUGGACGAGAGCUGGUUUGUUACCCCUCCCGCCUGUUUUACUGCAGAGGGGCCUGGCCUCGGGCCCGCCCGCCUCCAGAGCAGCCCCCUAGAGGACCUCCUCAUCGAACACCCCAGCAUGUCCGUUUACGUCACCGGCAGCACCAUAGUGCUGGAGCCUGGGCCCCCUUCCCCGCACCCGGACACUACCCUGCCUGACGGCGACCUUAGCGACGGGGAGCUGGUUCCUGUCCACCAUGAGCCCCGGGCCCUGCACCACGCCGCUGCUCCUCUGCCGGCGCGGGCAGUGCUGCUGGAGAAGGCCGGCGGGGCUCGGCGGCUGCAGCGGGCCCGGCAGCGGGCGGAGCGCCAUGCGCUGAGCGCCAAGGUGAUGCAGCGGCAGAACCGCGCCCGCGAGAACCGUCAGGGCCGGCCCAAGCACCAGGGCAGCUUCCUCUAUCAGCCGUGCCAGCGCCAGUUCAACUACUGAGCGUCCCCUGGCCUCGCCACGAACCCCCUGGCCUAGUCCUGAUCCCCGUCGGGCCCUCCGCUGCAGCCAGUGUGCUGCUCGAGGGGCAGCCGCGGCCCAGCUCAGGCUGAACACCACAGCUCGCUCUCUUUAGAGUGUGAGGUGGGGUGAUCGCCCUUCCUCCCUGGAUUCCCUCCAUUUCCCUAUCUUAUCCUCUAAUCUGCCACUGAACCCCCUUCCACUUCCUUCCCCCCUCCCUUCUUCUGGCCGCCAUGCCCAGUAACUAAUCCUCCAUGCUUCUCCAUUCCCACCUUUGUAAUCCUCCAUCCCCUUUCUCUGGUCUCCAUUCCUGUUUCUCCCUUCCACUCUUGCCCUCCACUCCUCUACCUCUGGCCCAUUAUUUCUGGGAGCCUCUUCCUUCCCUGAUCUGGCUCAUUUCCCCCAUCUUGAAUUCCUACCUUACACAACUCAUGUCCCAUGUCUGGCAUUACACUCACUCCUGCUCUCCUUAUAUUCACUCCUAGUAACUCCCUCCCAAAGAGGUAGGGGGAGGGGACCUUGAGCCCAGUUCUGACCAGAGUGGCCUGGGUUCCUGUCUUUGCUCUCCACCAAGGGCUCAGGCUCAGGGUUUUCUGUCUCCCCCUUCCCUCUGCCCUGGGGGCUAGGUUCCUUGGAGCUACUCAGGCUUGGAAAGGUAAAGUAUGUGUAAGAGGACUGUGUGAUGUGACUGAGAGGGAGACGGUGGAGGGAAUCAGGGCAAGAGGCAGCCUAUUGGAGAUGUAGACAGGACAGACAGGAGAUGUAGACAGGACAGACAGGUUGAGAAGUUAUAAGGAGUGGAGCAUGUGGGAGCUGGCAUUGUGCUUGUUCGGAGAGGCAGAGCUCUGCUCUCAGGCUGGAGCCUGGAGUCUGCCCCCACUUACCUUUCCUAUAAUCUUACCUCCUAAAUCUUUCUGAAAUCCACCCCUGCACAGGCCCCUGAGCCUGAAGGGCUUAGUUAGUACCUUGCCACCACACCCAUGAUAUGCCACCCUAGGAGUAGAAGUUGGGCAAGGCCUUGCCAUCCUGGCCAUUUGUUCAUAUGCCCAAGGUGCUAGAACUAGUUUAGGAGAGAUACAGGCCCAGAGGGCUUCUAGGCAAAGAAAGGGUACACACCCCAGGGUAAGAAUGCAGAGGAAUGAUACUGGAGAGGACAAGCUGGGUUUGAAGCCAUCCUGAGACUGACAAGUUCAGCCUUUGUCUUGCCUCUGGCCUUGUAUUUCACACUUUGCUCAGAAUAAACACUUUUGAGUAGGAGGCCAAGAGCCCCACUGUCUCAGUCCUCAGAUGGUCCCUUAUCCAGGUGUAGAGCCUUCAGGAAGCCGUUUCUCAUUUUCUUCCCCAAGGCUCUCUUUCUUUCUAGGUUACUGGGGAGAAAUGGUCCCCUUGCCUUCUACCUGGAGAAGGGAACUUGAUUCCAUAAUAAGUGAGACAGGAUAGGGGCAGCCAGCUUUCCCUUUCUCAUGAUGGGACUGAAUUUUGGGCUCAGACACCAGCAACAGCCUCUUGGGAUGCCCCAAGUUGCUUCCCAUUUACUCUUUCUAUCUGUCCUUUUCUAGUGUGUGCCCUUUCUUCCUUGAAACUUUGAAGAUUUCCUGUUACAUACUAACAUAGGUCUUCCCCCACCCCCCUUGCUCCAAUUCCAGGUUUCCUGACCUCACAGCCCAGCUGACUUGGAGAAAACUGUAUUCCAUCAAGGGCAGAGGUAGCUGCCCUCCCUGACCCUAUAGUUCCAGGCCUCACGUGGGGUGUGUGGGGAAGGGAAGAGAUAUCUCUAUGGAUGCUAGGAUAGGGACAGAGGAAGCCUUGUUGAGGUUUCCUACCCCAGGGAAUAAAACAAAAUGACACUAAAAGCAGAUCAGGGUCCCCAUGCCAACCCACUAGGGCUGCAGUUGUAGAUGACCAUGCUCCUGUCCCCAAGUUCUUGUUACACCCUCGUUGCUUUUAUUCUUCCCACUACUCUUGGUUACUUCACAGCCAGCUUAGGGUCUUCAGUACUCCCAAGAGCUGAAACUCUCUCCAACCUUUCUUGCCUACUCCUCACUGCCAGCUGGGGCCUAGGCUCAGUCCUGGGCAGUCCCAUGACCCUUCUGGUGAGGGAUGAGUUUUAGUUAUAGGGCUUUUGGCUCAAAUUUAAAAGGCCCUUACCAAUGUUUCUGGAGGCUCCUGGAGUUCUAAAACCCUCCAUUCUCUCACCUAGCUGGUUGCAAAGCUUGUAGUUUUUUGUACCUUGCGAUAGAUUCUGUAGCAUUUGAGUGUGAAAAUACUUUAAUUGUGUAUAGAUUUCUAAGAACCAACACUACUCAGUCUCCUGUUAGUCUGACUCCUGAAGCAUCAGACCUUGUCAUACUGUAUUGACUGUGUAUGUGCCUUUCACCUUAAGCAUGCUUCGGGACUUUUUUUUUUUAAAAAAAACAAAACAAAACAAAACAAAAAAAACAACAACAAAAAAUAAAACCCCACAGAACUUGAAUACAUGAGGGAACCAGAAUUCACAAAGUCCUAUGCAACCUUAGGAGGGGGUUAGAGAGUCUGUCCUGACUUGUUUUCAGAGACCCUGGAGAAGUUUGUACCAGUAUGUAUUAAUGUCUGUACUACCAGCACUUUGCCAAAACUAUGUCAGAGGGACCCCUGUUUCUAGAGAGAGUCCCAAGUACAUCAAAGGAAAUUCCAGGUAUUUCCCAGUAAGUCUGAAUGGUUCCCUUGAGCUGGGUGUCCCUUUCCAGCUUCUGUCAGUCUGGCCCCAGCAGGGCAUCAUGUGUGUAUGAAUGCAGUUUGGUGCUGUUUUGGAGUUUGCCUGCUCCCCAACCCCCUUCCUGGAGCCCUGGGAUGAACUUGCUCUGCCCUGUAAUGUUUUAGGUGCAACAAAGACCCCACCAGAGCUCUUGGAUGCCUCCUCAGAUCCACAUGGCUUUAUGUGAGGGGACUGAAUGCAGACACGCCAUAGCCCACUUCUAAUACUUUUUCUGUUGCCCUGCCACCUAGUUCCAAAUGGAACCAGAUUGAGUGCAUCUUUGUUGGGUGUUUUGUGUUGAGUCUUUGGCUGACCAUGUUGUGAUGUGUCGACAGACUCAAGGACACAACCACCUCGACCUGGUCAUGUGGCAUGCCUGUGUAUGUGUGUAACAGGAUUCUGAUUGUUAGAUUGUAAUGCUAUUUCCUCUAUGGGAAAAAAAUAAUAUAAAGAAAAACAAAUAAAAAUCUAUUUAAAGCACA